AUGGAUACUACGUUUUCGGACGACGAGAAGCGGUUCGUCUUAGGUGAAAUAAUUAAAGUCAGCACCAUAGAUGUCUCUACCCUUGUCGACUUUAUCAAGGCUCAUCAGGUCGAGCCGAACUGGAUGUCGAUGCAACUCCCCGGCGGUCGUAAUAUGAACCAGUGCUUCGGUGCAGUUGAGAACAUGUUCCAGACUAAAUAUUCGCCACCGAACUUAACAAACUUCAAGCGCAAGUCCCUAAGCGAUCUGGUCGAACACCCCGCGAAGAGACAAGCGAUGAUGGCUCCUAUCGAGCCUUCUGUAGCUUCAUCGCGCACCAUUCAGCCGCGGCCCCCUCCAAAUGGCUACCCGCCCGCCGUACCGGUCAGCAUCAGUCCACCUAUAACCUCGACGGGCAAAAAGCGCGGCCGUCCUUCCAAGGCCGACAAGGAAGCUCAGGCUCGUGCAGUCUAUUCGCGGCUGACAGAGUACGCGCCGAUCACACCCGCCCCUCUGGCCCCAAUCGCAGUUCAGCCCCAACGCGAAUACGCAUCUUCUCCUGGAUAUGAGAUCUCAAGUAAUCCGAACGAUCAGAGGGCGAGGAAGCGAGGCUUCGGUGCAGUCGACAGCCCUCAGCAAGCAAAUCACCCCUUCCCAUUAACAUCACCAGCUUCGACCAAGGACACGCCCCGUGCUCUCCCGGAACCUAUCGACCAAGUAGAGAGAGCUAACUUGUCGCCUCGGGAUCGAGGGCCACUUGCGUUGGAUUCACGAUCACCACCGCUCCCUCCACCUAUGCAACAACAAGACUCGUCACAAGGACUACCUCCCCUACAACCUCGAACUCUGCCCCUGCCCCCGCCAUCUCCACGAACUUCACACACGUAUGAAUCGCAUCGAGGCAUUGAUCCCAUAUUCCCGGAUAGAGACAGGUCGAGAAAUAUCCCAGAACCACUAAAAGACGCCCAUCCCCCGGUAACCACGGUAUCAAAUCAGAGUUAA